GAAACAUAACCUUAAUGUUGAUGGAAAACAACACAACCACAAACAACUUAAAACGUAAUAGCGUAAACAUUUGAAGACGUUUGAUUGGUAAUUCACAACAUUUUCAUAAUGGAUAACGAAUUUAAGAUUCCAACUUUUGAGCCAAAAUUUAAAGUGACCGCUAAGAAAACGAUACCAGAUGCUGACGAAUUAAAAGAGGAUUUAAUUCCACCAUCGUCUGUGGUAAAUGAACCAGAGGUUGUCAAAAUUGAAUCCGAUGUGGUAAAAGAAACAAAAUGCCCGUAUGUGGAGCCAAAGUGGUCACAACCACCAGACACAAAUUUACCAUACAGUUUUGAGGUGUUAAAGGGUGGUCAAAUUGUGGAAGAAAUAAAAAGUUUACAGAACAAACCAUUUUGGACAAUCGGCAAACUACCCGAUAACAAUAUUGUGAUGGCACAUCCAACAAUUUCAAGGUAUCAUGCUGUGUUGCAAUACCGACCCGAUGAUGGCACCGGCGACACCGAUUUCGAUGGAAAUUCAAAUUCCGAAUCGACGACACAAAAAUCAACAAUUGAAAAAGGAUGGUAUUUAUACGAUUUGAACAGUACACAUGGAACAUUUAUAAAUAAAAUGAAAGUACCGCCAAAAACGUAUGUACGCAUUCGUGUGGGUUAUAUGCUGAAAUUUGGUGCAAGCACAAGAAGUUACAUUCUACAAGGGCCCGGUUUCGAUGAAGAGGCCGAAUCAGAGCUAACAAUAACCGAAAUGAAAGAACUUAAACUGAAGAAAAUACUGGAGGAAAAACAAAAAUUGGAAGAAGAAGAAAAGCGAAAAGAAGAGGAAGGCAUUAGCUGGGGAAUGGGCGAAGAUGCUGAAGAGGAAACUGACCUAUCGAUCAAUCCAUUUGCAGCUAGUAAUAAUGAAGAUUUAUUUUUACAAGAUCCAAAAAAGACAUUGCGCGGAUUUUUCGAACGUGAAGGUCUCAAUUUAGAUUAUAAAGUUGAGGAUGUAGCGAAUGGCACAUAUACAUGUCGGAUUGAACUACCAAUCACAGAUUCAAUUGGCCGCAGCAUUAUGGCUGAAUUCACACAUAAAGGGAAAAAGAAAGACUGUGUUGUACAGUGUGCCUUGGAAGCAUGCCGAAUUCUUGAUCGAAAUGGUUUGUUGAGACAAGCCAACCAUGAGCCGAGAAAACGAAAGGUCGAAUCGUCGGACGACGAUGACGAUGAAUUCUAUGAUCGAACGGUCGAAGCCGAAGAAAAACGCCGUCGCAAAGCUGGUACUGAAGAGAAUGUCACACUAUCAUACGAACAACUGUUGGAGGAAGAAAUAAAACUACAAUCACAAUUGACGGAAACUGAAAAGCGAAUCGAACGAUAUCAACAAAUGGAAAAAGUAUCAAAACAAAAUGAUGCAAUGGAUGUUGAUUUGGAUGAUUUCAUGUCCGGAUUAUCAAGUGAAAAGAAAAUGGACAAAGCUGAAGUUCGAAAAUGCAGAUUUGAACUGCAGCGAAUAAAAGCUGACAUACAAAAGGUGAAGAAACUCAUAAAUAUAGCGCGACCAUUUGAGCUGCCGCCGUUGAAAAGAGUUGAAACCAAAGCCGAUGGUCAAAUAAAAAAGAAAUUUGAGUUACCAUUAUUCGGCAAAAAGAAAACUUUUGGUUUCGAUAAGUUAAAACAAGCUACUAAAUCAACAGAAUCAAAUGACACGAAAAUCGAUCCGAAUGAAUCGAUUGAGGAGUUUGAUGAUGACGAUGAAGAAGCUACAAAGUCCAAAUCAAACACUGAAAGUGUGAAUGAAACGGUAUCCAAUAAAGGUGCCGUGAUGAUGGAAACACCAAAAGUAACAGAGCGCUGUGAUGAACAAAUAAACGAAUCUAGUGAUAGUUCUUCUAAAGAGAAUGUGGAAACAAAAGAUAGAGUCAAAACGAAAGAGCAGCAACCUCAAUUAGUGAGCGAGAAAAAAUUAACAACACCCAAAACUAAUACCGACACAAUUGCAUCCAGUCAAUCAACCGAAGAAACCACGGAGAAAAGUAAUACUGAAGUGAGUGCGGCCACGAAAAAUAAAAGCAAAAAUCGAAAUCGCAAUAAAGUACGUCACCAAAUUGAUAUCGAUGAUACUGAAGAAGAUAAAUCACCACAAAAAUAUUCAGGAUGGGUACCGCCAUCAAAUCAGAGCGGAGAUGGAAUUACAGACCUUAAUUCAAAAUACGGCUAUUAAGCAUCUCUUAAUUCUAAGUAAGCCCGUUGUGUUCGUUGUAAAUCGUUUUUACUCGAUUUGAUGUUAUACUAAAUUAAGAAAAGAAAUAAAAACA